AUGGCUGGGGCCCACACACUUCCGGAUCUGGACCCUGGACUUCCUAAAGGAAACUCUGUGCCUGCAAUUGCCACGUCCAGUCCUAUAACCUGGUUCCUGGAACCCACAUCUACCAGCGUUGCCACUGGGCAAGGAAAACCUUUAACUUACGCCCUGGGUGUUACCUGUCCACAGUUUCCUGGUGGCUCACCGCUUCUGCCUGCUCCAGCCUUGCUCCGGCAGCUUCAAGGCUUCUGGGCUUCAGAGCUUGUUGUGAAAGCUUGCUGCUUUGGCCUGCUACCCCUGCUUCAGGUUGCUGUUGUGAAACUAAAAAAUGCAGAUAAGGUAUUUGCCAUGAAAAUACUGAAUAAAUGGGAAAUGCUGAAAAGAGCUGAGACAGCAUGUUUUCGUGAAGAAAGGGAUGUGUUAGUGAAUGGAGACAAUAAGUGGAUUACAACUUUGCAUUAUGCUUUCCAGGAUGACAAUAACUUAUACCUGGUUAUGGAUUAUUACGUUGGUGGGGAUUUGCUUACUCUGCUCAGCAAAUUUGAAGAUAGAUUGCCUGAGGAUAUGGCUCGAUUUUACUUGGCUGAGAUGGUGAUAGCAAUUGACUCAGUUCAUCAGCUCCAUUACGUACACAGGGACAUCAAACCUGACAAUAUAUUGAUGGAUAUGAAUGGACAUAUUCGGUUAGCAGACUUUGGUUCUUGUCUGAAGCUGAUGGAAGAUGGAACGGUCCAGUCCUCAGUGGCGGUUGGAACUCCAGAUUAUAUCUCUCCUGAAAUCCUUCAAGCCAUGGAAGAUGGAAAAGGCAGAUAUGGACCUGAGUGUGACUGGUGGUCCUUGGGGGUCUGUAUGUAUGAAAUGCUUUAUGGAGAAACACCAUUUUAUGCAGAAUCUCUUGUGGAGACAUAUGGAAAAAUCAUGAAUCACAAAGAGAGGUUUCAGUUUCCAGCUCAAAUGACAGAUGUGUCUGAAAAUGCUAAGGAUCUUAUUCGAAGGCUCAUUUGCAGCAGAGAACAUCGACUUGGUCAAAAUGGAAUAGAGGACUUUAAGAAACACCCAUUUUUCAAUGGAAUUGAUUGGGAUAAUAUUCGAAACUGUGAAGCACCUUAUAUUCCAGAAGUUAGUAGCCCAACAGAUACAUCAAAUUUUGAUGUGGAUGAUGAUUGUUUAAAGAAUUCUGAAACGAUGCCCCCACCAACACAUACUGCAUUUUCUGGCCACCAUCUGCCAUUUGUUGGUUUUACCUAUACUAGUAGCUGUGUUCUUUCUGAUAGGAGCUGUUUAAGAGUUACAGCUGGUCCUACUUCACUGGAUCUUGAUGUUAAUGUUCAGAGAACUCUAGAUAACAACUUAGCAACAGAAGCUUAUGAAAGAAGAAUUAAGCGCCUAGAACAGGAGAAACUUGAACUUAGUAGAAAGCUUCAAGAGUCAACACAGACUGUCCAAGCUCUCCAGUAUUCAACUGCUGAUGGUCCACUAACAGCAAGCAAAGAUUUAGAAAUAAAAACCUUAAAAGAAGAAAUUGAAAAACUAAGGAAACAAAUAAGAGAAUCAAGUCACUUGGAACAACAACUUGAAGAAGCUAAUUCUGUGAGGCGAGAACUAGAUGAUGCUUUUAGACAAAUCAAGGCUUAUGAAAAGCAAAUCAAAACAUUACAACAAGAAAGAGAAGAAUUAAAUAAGGAACUAGUCCAGGCUAGUGAGCGAUUAAAAAACCAAUCCAAAGAGCUGAAAGAUGCACACUGUCAGAGGAAACUGGCCAUGCAGGAAUUCAUGGAGAUCAAUGAGCGGCUAACAGAGUUGCACACCCAAAAACAGAAACUUGCUCGCCAUGUCCGAGAUAAGGAAGAAGAGGUGGACCUGGUGAUGCAAAAAGUUGAAAGCUUAAGGCAAGAGCUGCGCAGAACAGAAAGAGCCAAAAAAGAGCUGGAAGUUCAUACAGAAGCCGUAGCUGCUGAAGCAUCUAAAGACAGGAAACUGCGUGAACAGAGCGAGCACUAUUCUAAGCAACUGGAAAAUGAGUUGGAGGGACUGAAGCAAAAACAAAUUAGUUACUCACCAGGAGUAUACAGCAUAGAACAUCAGCAAGAGAUAACUAAAUUAAAGACUGAUUUGGAAAAGAAAAGUAUCUUUUAUGAAGAAGAAUUAUCCAAAAGAGAAGGAAUACAUGCAAAUGAAAUUAAAAAUCUGAAGAAAGAGCUACAUGACUCAGAAGGCCAGCAACUUGCUCUGAACAAAGAAAUUAUGAUUUUGAAAGACAAAUUAGAAAAAAACAGGAGAGAGAGUCAAAGUGAAAGGGAAGAAUUUGAAAAUGAGUUCAAACAGCAGUAUGAACGAGAAAAAGUAUUACUAACUGAAGAAAAUAAAAAACUGACAAGUGAACUUGAUAAGCUCACCACCUUGUAUGAGAACUUAAGCAUGCGCAACCAGCAGUUAGAAGAGGAGGUGAAAGAUCUCGCAGACAAGAAAGAAUCAGUUGCACAUUGGGAAGCCCAAAUCACAGAAAUCAUUCAGUGGGUCAGUGAUGAAAAGGAUGCACGAGGCUAUCUGCAGGCCUUAGCUUCUAAAAUGACUGAAGAAUUAGAAGCAUUAAGAAAUUCCAGCUUGGGUGCACGAGCAACAGAUAUGCCCUGGAAAAUGCGUCGUUUUGCGAAACUGGAUAUGUCAGCUAGAUUGGAGUUGCAGUCAGCUCUGGACGCAGAAAUAAGAGCCAAACAGGCCAUCCAGGAAGAGCUGAAUAAAGUGAAAGCAUCUAACAUCAUAACAGAAUGUAAACUAAAAGAUUCAGAGAAGAAGAACUUGGAACUAUUAUCAGAAAUUGAACAACUGAUAAAGGACACUGAGGAGCUUAGAUCUGAAAAGGGUAUAGAGCACCAGGACUCACAGCAUUCUUUCUUGGCAUUUUUGAAUGCGCCUGCCGAUGCUCUGGAUCAAUUUGAAGAUUCCUUUUCUUCUUCCUCAUCUUCACUGAUUGAUUUUUUGGAUGACCGCUCUCCAUCCUGUACUCCAGCUAGCAAAGGCAGACGUACCGACCCCGUUGAGAACACAUAUGUACGGAAUCCGAACGUCAAGUUUUACAUCCAGUCAAGGCCCACCUCUCCUUCCACAUCUAGUGAAGCUGAGCCCGUUCAGACUGUAGACUGUACUCCACUUCCAGUUCACACACCAACUUUAAAGAAAAAGGCAUGCCCCGGUUCAACUGGCCUUCCACCUAAGCGCAAGACUCACCAGUUUUUUGUCAAAUCUUUUACUACUCCUACCAAGUGUCAUCAGUGUACCUCUUUGAUGGUGGGUUUGAUAAGACAGGGCUGUGCCUGUGAAGUAUGUGGAUUCUCGUGUCAUAUAACUUGUGUAAACAAAGCUCCCACUGUGUGUCCAGUUCCUCCUGAACAGACGAAAGGCCCCCUGGGUAUAGACCCUCAGAAAGGAAUAGGAACAGCGUACGAAGGUCAUGUCAGGAUCCCUAAGCCAGCUGGAGUGAAGAAAGGAUGGCAAAGAGCACUGGCUGUAGUUUGUGACUUCAAACUCUUUCUGUACGAUAUUGCUGAAAGCAAAGCAUCUCAGCCCAGUGUCAUAGUCAGUCAAGUGAUUGACAUGAGGGAUGAAGAAUUUUCUGUGAGUUCAGUUUUGGCUUCUGAUGUUAUUCAUGCAGGUCGAAAAGAUAUACCCUGUAUAUUUAGAGUCACAACUUCCCAGCUUUCAGCAUCUAAUAACAAAUGUUCGAUCCUGAUGCUAGCAGAUAGUGAGAAUGAGAAGACUAAGUGGGUGGGAGUGCUCAGCGAAUUGCACAAGAUUUUGAAGAAGAACAAAUUCAGAGACCGCUCAGUCUAUGUUCCCAAAGAGGCUUAUGACAGCACUCUACCCCUCAUUAAAACAACCCAGGCAGCUGCAAUCAUAGAUCAUGAAAGGAUAGCUUUGGGAAAUGAAGAAGGUUUAUUUGUUGUGCAUGUCACCAAAGAUGAAAUUAUUAGAGUUGGUGACAAUAAGAAGAUUCAUCAGAUUGAACUCAUUCCAAAUGAUCAGCUGGUUGCUGUGAUCUCAGGACGAAAUCGUCACGUACGACUUUUUCCUAUGUCAGCUUUGGAUGGACGCGAGACUGAUUUUUAUAAGCUGGCAGAAACUAAAGGGUGUCAAACCAUAACUUCUGGGAAAGUGCGCCAUGGAGCUCUUACCUGCCUGUGUGUGGCUAUGAAAAGGCAGGUCCUCUGUUACGAACUAUUUCAGAGCAAGAGCCGCCACAGAAAAUUUAAGGAAAUUCAAGUCCCAUAUAAUGUCCAGUGGAUGGCAAUCUUCAGUGAACACCUCUGUGUGGGGUUCCAGUCAGGAUUUCUGAGAUACCCCUUGAAUGGAGAAGGAAGUCCAUACAGCAUGCUCCAUUCAAACGACCACACGCUAUCAUUUAUUGCACAUCAGCCAAUGGAUGCCAUCUGCGCAGUGGAGAUCUCCAGUAAAGAAUACCUGCUGUGUUUUAACAGCAUUGGGAUGUACACUGACUGCCAGGGCCGAAGGUCUAGACAGCAGGAAUUGAUGUGGCCAGCAAGCCCUUCCUCUUGUUGUUACAAUGCGCCGUAUCUCUCAGUGUACAGCGAGAAUGCGGUUGACAUCUUUGAUGUGAACUCCAUGGAAUGGAUUCAGACUCUCCCACUCAAAAAGGUUCGACCCUUAAACAGUGAAGGAUCAUUAAAUCUUUUAGGGUUGGAGACAAUUAGAUUAAUAUAUUUCAAAAAUAAGAUGGCAGAAGGGGAUGAACUGGUAGUUCCUGAAACAUCAGAUAAUAGUCGGAAACAAAUGGUUAGAAAUAUUAACAAUAAGCGGCGUUAUUCCUUCAGAGUCCCAGAAGAGGAAAGGAUGCAACAGAGGAGAGAGAUGCUACGAGAUCCUGAAAUGAGAAAUAAAUUAAUUUCUAACCCAACUAACUUUAACCACAUAGCACACAUGGGUCCAGGAGAUGGAAUACAGAUCCUAAAAGACUUACCCAUGCCAGGCUUCCCUUAUCCAUCCCCUCAUCAUCACUCCGGUCUGAUCUCCUCUCCGAUCAACUUUGAGCACAUCUAUCACAUGACUGUUAAUUCUGCUGAAAAUUUUCUCUCUCCUGAUUCCAUAAACCCUGAAUAUUCCCCGUCUCUACGCUCUGUCCCGGGUACACCAAGCUUUAUGACUCUGAGGAACCCUCGGCCUCAGGAAAGCCGGACAGUAUUCAGUGGCUCUGUCAGUAUUCCAUCAAUCACCAGAUCCCGCCCUGAACCCGGCCGCUCCAUGAGCGCCAGCAGUGGCCUGUCGGCAAGGUCAUCUGCACAGAAUGGCAGUGCACUGAAAAGAGAAUUCUCUGGAGGAAGCUACAGCGCAAAGCGACAGCCGCUGCCCUCGCCAUCAGAGGGCUCACUGUCUUCCGAAGGCAUGGACCAGGGGAGUGACGCCCCAGCCAGGGACUACGAUGGGGAGGACUCCGAUUCUCCGAGGCAUUCCACAGCUUCCAACAGUUCCAACCUGAGCAGCCCUCCCAGCCCCGUGUCACCUCGAAAGACCAAGAGCCUCUCUUUGGAGAGCACUGACCGCGGGACCUGGGAGCCAUGAACUGUUCGGCCCUCAGACCAGAGGCCAGGCCGCUUCUCUCUCAGCUCCCCUCUCCCCACUUCUCUCACUUCCACCUGUUCCCUCCACCUCUGCCUGAAGCACCCAGGGUGGGGAUUCAGGAAUUCCGACAAUGACUCCCUCGUCCACUUCGACUUCACAGCAACACCCAUAAAGGCACACUUUCACUGAGCAGCUUAGAUGAAUAUUGAUUUCAUUUCAUCCACUUAGAGUUGCUUUCCAUGAUAUUUCACCCCUUCCCCAAAAGGUAGCUUAAGUAGACAGAUUACACAGAUGUAAGCGCUAAGAAUAAGGUUAGACAGACUUUGUUUUCACAGUAGUCGCCCUGCAGCCCUGAGGGAGCACAUGGUCUCCAGUCGUCCCGCCAAAACCCACAGUGAAUGUCGACCCGAUUGUUGCCAGUAAAUCCUUAUUAACUAAAACAAUGCAUAUUUUACUACAAUACAGAGUUUAAAUAAAUACACAAAUGUAGAGGUUAAAUACUGAAUGUAUAUAGUAAAAAGAAGCAUCUUGUAUUCAACGAAAGAUGGAUGCAUAUAUAAGAGAGAGAUCAUUUAAUUUAAAGAAAUGUUUUGUUUCUUGUCUGUUUUCCAGCUACGUAAUUUAAAGGGUAGAAGGGCCUCAAGCUGACACUUAGAGGGACAGCGAGAGGAAUCAGGGUUCCCUUCAGUGCUGUCCUCACACUGGUGCAGGUCCCAGUGCCCUGGGAGCUUCAGGAAAACAUUCUGCUUUGGUUUCAGUGGUUCGGGGUACGACCUGGGCACCAGACUGAUACCAUUUGAAGCCUCUUCAGCGGCAGCAUCAAAAGGCAAAUUACUUCUAUCCAAGAUACUUCUUUUCCUAGGAAUAGAAUUUGAGCCACACUUCUCAGUUUUUAUUAUAUUUUGGUACCUUCUGCAGAUGAAUGUAGAAAUGUAAUUUUGUCACCUGGUCCCUUCUGUCACAAGGAACGCUGUGGCUUCUGAAGGUCCAUAAAAGUGCUUUUAUGCUGGGCCACCCUCCCUCCUGAGUUGCAGUGUCGUGUCUGUCCCCUAGCUGAGCUGGCUCCUCUGCGAGCAGUCUGAUCGAGGGUUGUGUGCGCUUCCUCAGAUAAGCCUGGGAAAGGGGUUAAUUACCAAAUAAUAUAAAACCUCACAUGCAAGGACUUGAACAGCCUUAACCAAAUAUUCUUUCCCAAGCCCGGUAGGAAAUGCGCACCUGGCACGCUGGCUAAGCUCUCCCUCCCUCAGCUGCUGGCUCGCGCUGGUAGUUCCAGUUCCCUUUGAAUUCCUGCUGUUUCAAUUACCACGCGGAGAUGAGAUGCAGAAGCAGAGCUCGAUUUCUCCAGUCGUUAAACACGCGAGUAGAGAAAGUGAUAGAAAUAAAAACAAAAGUAAAGAGAAUCGGCCUCUCUUUUACUUUUUAUCUGUCUGAGAACUAAAAACGGGAUUUUCUCCUUUGUUGUUUCAACUCCAGCUGAAGUGGAGGAGCCUGCUGGUCUGCGCUGCAGCGUUGGCACUCUGCCCUCUCACCCCAAGCGUAGUUUCCCCUCCUGUUAGCAGCUGCCUGGUCUUCCCACCCCUGGGCGCAGGGAGCUGAGAAGACUUCCUAGGUGAGGCUGCCCUGUGGGGUCACUGAGGUUCAGUCAGGGGAGUCAGGAUCCUGUUUGGGGAUUAUAUUGCAAAAGGUUAUAGUAGAGAAGUUAAAAAUAACAGCUUUGACACACACGUGCUGCACUGGGCGCUUGCUCCAGUUUGGAUGAGCAGAACUUACUGCCCGGUCCUAACCUCUGACAGUCCUAACCUUCUUGUUUCCAGAAAAGGGGGGUCAUGUAAAAAUACUUUCUACAUCCGGCCCCCAGGGUCGGACCUUGAGUUUAUUUAUUGCCAUGCGACUGGUAGCUCCCUUAACUUGGCACUUGCCAGGAGAGGAGGGAGCCAGCCAGCCAGCCAGCGGCCAGCUCCCCUCCAUGCCUCCUGACCUGCCCCCACCCCACCCCUUCUCUUCCCAGGACUCUGCCAUUAGUUCAUAGCUUGGACAACUAAGCGUGACUUUUUGUUGCCUGUAGGUGAUUAUUUUUUAAAGGAUGCUUUCAGGAUUAGAAUGCGACCCUCCCUGAAGUGGACUCCAUCCACUACAGUGAGUCGUAGCCUUCAGCCUCCCAACAGGGCGGGUGAGCGAGCUUGUCCUGGCUGCCCGGCCCCCUGGGCCCGAGCCCGGAUCAACCGGUGGAGCGGGCACAGCACUUCCGGCCUUUCCACAGCAAUCCUAAGUGGCCUUGGCAGCGUGAUGGAGCAGCUCCAAAUAGGAUUAGAUUCUAACGGCAGGACUUGGGGGGAGAAGCUGCCAGGGUAACAGUUUAUAUUUUUUUGCAGGGGUGGGGGGUGUUGUUUCCAAGAUAAUCAUCCUACUGGUCUUAUCCCCAAUAUGAAGCAGGUACCUUCAGAAGCUGCUUUGAAGAAUGAUUUGAAAAGAUGGGGGAUGAGUGCCAGGGAAACAGAAAACAUGAUUAUUCAAAGGGCUGAGUAACCAAGGUCACGCCAUGGUAAGGUGUUCUGUGCUGUCUGAAGCUGUCCAUGGUUCUCGUGGAGGACAUUUUAAAACGUAUGUGUCAGCAGGAACUCAUUGCCCUGCUCAGUACAAAGGAGAAAGAGGCAUUUCUGGCAUAGUCUAUGUGUUGGCAUUUGGUGCUAUUAAUAUCUAUGUCCAGCCAAUUUGUUGUCUACCCUCAAUUCUGACUAAUCUCGUCAUGUGCUUUGGGCAUAUAAAAUUUUAUAUAUAUAUUUUUUUCAUUUUGCCAAAAACAAAGCCCGUCUUCUUAUCAAAUGAUUACUAAAGUAGAUUUCACUUCUUUAGUUCUGUCUACACUCACACCCUGCCCUUAGUGGUUUAUAUUUUCCAGGGAGCACCAGUUUUAAGGCUAUGAGAUACAACUAAAAAGGGUCCAUCUCUUUAGUUUUCCAAGCAAUUCUUGUACCCAGGCUUCAGGGAAGCAUCUGAAAUUCCCGUUAUGUUUACAGCAGCCAUCUGUCAUUCCCCGGCUGGCUCCCAGCCCUUGCCUUCCAUAUGGUUAGAAUCAUGUCAUUUUGUUACUUAGCGGCCACAUCCACUCCUGCGAAAGACCAGUCGCAUUUAUAUGGACUCUCAGGUAUCAUUAAAGAAAAGCCAGAGCAGGGCUGGGCAGACACCCCUGACCCCAUGUACAGGGCCCUUGGCCGGCCUGUGUGAUCACACACUGGUCUCCCAGCGAGGCGGGGCCUCGGAAAGCUCACCACCCACUUUCUGGAGAGAGGGGUACUCUCAGCGGCAGCCAGACUGCCACUGCCCGAAUCCACUGGGCACAGCACGGAAACAGUAGGGCAUUUCGCUCCCCCACACCCCGAGCCUAGCCCCUGAAUUAGAUAAGCCUCGUGACAGUUCCUUGAGCCCAUCUCAAAACCUCUUUCUUUGUUAUGACUUUAAUUAUUACUUGAGUCCAGAGUUCUCUAUAUAGAGUCCUGCUAGAUCUGAGGGCCUCGAUUUUAGUUGGCGCUCCAGCCCUGGCCAGUGGGCCGGGUACUCCUCUCCCUCCCCAGGGACAGCCAUUACACACAAGAAACCAUUUCAUUUCUGGGAGGAAAUUGAUGAAAACGAAUCAACCUUGAAAUUUCAUGAAAACAAAAUGACCUGCCUUUUUAUUUGAUAGUGUAAUAUCAUUUAUUUUAUAAAUUUUUUAGGGGUUUUUUUUCUCAUUGUAAUAUUAUUGUACAGUUUUGCAUGGCCUAGGUGUAAUCAUUUUUUUGUUUAGAAUAUAAUACUGAUAAACGUGUGUACGGAAGGGGAAGAGAUACUGCUUUGGCCUCUUAUCACUAUUUCCUUUUGUUUGGUUUGAUGCCUUCAAUGUCUUAGGGAACUUUAUAAGAGAUUCUCUGCUACCAAACAAUGGCGCGGAUUCUUUUGCACAGAAAUAUUUAAGGUGGGAUAGUAAAAAAUGUAACAAAAGACUCCUCGCCAAUAUUUUAUGUUGGUAUCACUAUUAACCAGACUUUGAUGUAUUGCAAUAAAACAGGGAACUGUUAGAAUUGA